AAUUAUGAAUAUAAAAAAACACAAAACAGAAGAGAAAGAAAUAAUGGUGGGGGUGUAAAAAGUAGAAAGAAGAGUCAAGAGUCAAUGAGUUGAAAUCUGAAAGUCCUUACAAGGCUGCUGCUAGCUUUGGUAUGCAGACCAUGGUCUCCUUGAAUUUCAAUGCCAUCUGUUAAUAAUAACUACUUAAACUGUUUUCAAUUUCAUACCCCCAAAUAAAAAAACAACCCAAAUCGUUUCUCACUGAUUAGUUUUCCAAAACCUCAUGGCUUCCGUUGAAUCAGAACCUAGCAAGGUUCAAGAAAGUGUUGAAGAAGGGACCAAUGAGGUUGUUGAGCUCAACAAUAAAACCAAAAAUACUACCAAGAAGAUGAAGAAGAAUAAUAAGAAGAAGAAGUUGUCUUUACCCAAAUUUGGUUGUUUCAGAAUUGAACAUGAUGCAACAGGUGAAGGUUUUGAUAUAGAGGUUGUUGAUGCUUCCGGUCACCACCGUCCUAACCCUACUCAUUUGAUCAUAAUGGUUAAUGGUCUCAUUGGCAGCGCUCACAAUUGGAAAUACGCUGCAAAGCAGUUUCUGAAAAGGUACCCUUAUGAUGCUAUUGUACAUUGCAGUAAAUGCAAUUCUUCAAUGUUGACAUUUGACGGCGUUGAUGUCAUGGGAGAUAGAUUAGCAGAGGAGGUUAUAUCAGUUAUAAAACGCCAUCCAAGUGUUCAGAAAAUUUCAUUUAUAGGUCAUUCUUUAGGUGGCCUGAUAGCAAGGUAUGCAAUAGCCAAGCUUUAUGAGAGAGAUGUUUCUAAGGAACUAUCUCAAGGGAAUGGACAUUGUGAGAGUCAGAUUUCAAUUCAAGAAUGCCGUGAUAGAAAAUAUGAAGGAAAAAUUGCAGGACUGGAACCUAUAAAUUUUAUUACAUCUGCUACACCACACCUUGGUUGUCGAGGGCAUAAGCAGGUUCCUUUGUUCUGUGGAUUUCGCUCUUUGGAGAAAACAGCAACCCGUCUCUCAUGGUUUCUUCGUAAAACGGGAAAGCACCUAUUUUUAACCGAUGGUAAGAAUGGGAAACCUCCUCUUCUUCUCCAGAUGGUUCGUGACUCCGAAGAUAUAAAAUUCAUGUCUGCUUUGCGGUCUUUCAAACGCCGUGUUGCCUAUGCAAAUGUUCGUUAUGACCAGCUGGUUGGAUGGAGCACAUCAUCUAUAAGGCGUAGAAACGAGCUUCCAAAGCGGCAACAUCUUCAAAGAAACAAGAAUUAUCCACAUAUUGUAAAUGUAGAGACAGCAAAACCUACUUCUGUUAGUUCUGUGGCAGACCAAGUUCCAAGUGAAUCUAAAGUUAGUAGUGGAUUGGGUAAAAUUGACUUGGAAGAGGAAAUGAUCAGAGGCCUAACAACUGUGAGUUGGGAUCGAAUCGAUGUCAGCUUCAGUGGGAGUAAGCAGAAAUAUCUCGCACAUAACGCAAUUCAGGUGCAAACAUACCGCAUCAAUUCGGACGGAGCAGAUGUGGUCCAACACAUGAUUGACGAUUUUCGAUUAUAGAAUUUUUAAAUAUUGCCCCUUCUAGUCUUAGCAUAUAGGGUAAUAAUAACAUUCUUUUUUAAUUGUUUCCACUGAUUAACUGUGAGAAAUUUGAAAUUUAGGUACAAUUUCCUUUAUUGUAAAAAAGAAAAUGUCACUGGAAGUUGAAAAUAUAUGUAUGACUGUCAGUCUGCCACAAAGAGGGGUGGGGGUGUCUGUGCUUUUAUACUGCCUAUAACUUAAUUAUUGCCUCUCGAUCUUUUUCUCGUUUUUCUGAAA